AAUGGGCAAGCCUCUUAAUGUGUAGCCUCUGUUCACCUAGCAGUAAAUAUGUACGGGAUGAAAAUAGCGCGAUGGUCUUGUCCCUGUUGGCUAAUGUUUCCCGACCAUGUAUGGUUUACAAAGGUUCUUCAGUAAGAUUAUGGCCUCUAGCAUGUCUCGUGUGCUCAGCUGGGAAGAAAACCUUGCAGCAAGAGCCUGAGCUUCCUAAGAUGCCCAAGAAGCCUUUGUCACCUUAUAUACAAUUCCGUGUGAAAAAUCUGGAUGAUAUUCAAAGAAACAAUCCAUACUUGACUGCUAAAGAGGUAGAAAAUAAAGUGCUGGAAAUGUGGCAGGGUCUCAGCUUUGAAGAGAAGAACCUUCACUCUCUAGAGUAUGAGAAAAAAAAGACAGAAUAUGCUACACAGUAUAAGGAGUUUGCAGAGAAAUUAGAUGCCCUAACAGUAAACCAAACAUCUGAUAGCAGAGGAAAGAGAAAAGGCAAACUGAAACUAAAACCUGAGGAAGUCUAUAGUGUUAUGAAGAAAAAGCUCAUCAAAGAGACAGAGAACAUUGCAAAAAAAGAGGAUUGUGAUAGCUUGGGGAAACCUAAAAUUCCAAAAAAUUCCUUCACAGUUUACCUAAAUUCAUUAAAUCAAGAUGGAAUUAAGUUUAAGAACUUUCAUGAAGGAUCAAUAAUGUGGAAAGAGUUGCCAGAAGAAGAAAAAGAAAUUUUCCGUCAAAAAGCCAGAGUACUUCAAGAGCAGUACCAAGCUGCACUUCUAGUUUGGGAAACCAAGAUGUGGGAAAUGGGAAGGUAUGACCUGGUUCGCAGAGAGCAAAGGACACGGCUGAGACGAAGGCAAAGACUUAAAGGUUCUUAGCAGUGUCCUGGGUACUGUAUAUAUUAGAUUAUAAGAUUAUUUACUGCUACACUUGAUCUUAAAUUGAGUAAAACAUAAAAAAAUUCUA